AGGAAACCGAGGUGUCGCCAUGGCAACAGCACUAAAUGAUGGCCAGCGACGAUUCCUACAGACAAUGAUGUCACAGGGGAUCCUGGAAGGCUCUGUAACACGGAAGUUGCACAAGCAUUGCUGUGAAAUACACAAGGUGCAUUACAGACAUGACCAGCUGGACGAGUUUAUCAAAAAUAUCAACACUCAUCUGCAGCCUUUGUUCAUGGAGAUCAGGAAAGGGAUGAGUGAGGAUGAUGGACAGCAGUAUUAUGCUUUGAUUAACCUCGCUGAGACAGAGAUCACUGGGAUGGCUUGCGAUUACACAGAAACUGAACUGGAGUUGUUCAAGAAAACGUUGGACUUGGUUCUCGAGUCAGAGAGUGGCAUUGCUUCUUCUACGGACAUUCUGAACCUGGCUGAUCAACUGCAGCCCAAGAAAAUGAAGAAGAAGGAAGCGGAGCAGGUUCUGCAGAGAUAUGUGCAGGACAAGUGGCUCUGUGAGGCAAAGGGCGAGUACAUUCUCAGCACUCGUUGCAUUAUGGAGCUAGAACAAUACAUUCGCAACAUGUACCAGGACCUGGUGAAAGAGUGCAACAUCUGCCACAACAUCGCAAUCCAGGGUCAAACGUGCGAGUUGUGUGCGGCCAGGAUCCAUCUUCCCUGCGCUGCCAAGUAUUUCCAAGGUCGGGAUGACCCUUGCUGUCCACACUGCAGAGAGUUCUGGCCUCAUGAGAUCCCAGCUGUCCACAGGACUGAGCCAUCAAUGCCCCCUCCCUCCUCCACGCCCAAGACUCGACACCGUCAUCGGGAAUGAGGCAUCACGCAAAAUGUAGCAGCCGUUGAACGGAGGGAGGCGAGGGGAAGGAUUUGCUGUUCAGAGCCGAGGCACAUUCCUGCAUUAAAUAGGUUUGCUUCCAGUCAGUUGGACUCGUGGAGCUGACACACUGAACCUUGUGGUUUAACUGUACUGCUGUGUGUUACAGUGCAGGAUAUGGUGCCUCCACUAAGCAGCACUCUGCUCUUGCCAGUUUGUAAUAUACUUCGAUGCCCCUUCAGGUGGGGAUUUGGACACCUUUGUAUUCUCUAUCUGAACCCAUCCCACAGUGGCCCAGUUCUGGGAAUUAAUGUUAAAUCUUGUUCCCAUAAUCAACAGACUCAAAUGUGAUUGAGAUAAGCUGUUUUCUAAUAAAAUGACUUUUAACAUUUA